AUGAGAGAUUCAGUCAUAGGAACUAGAAAGGUCAAAUCUGGAAAGUGCAAGAAGAAUUACAUUUCUAUGGGGAGAUUGAUUUCAGAUAUUCUAAUCGAAAAUGGCCUCAUAGAGCAUCUCACUAAUCAGAACAAAAUGGAAGGUAUUGAGGCAGAUAUUGGAAAACCCUUCAAUGGUAAUAAUUUUAAAAUCUUGAAUAUUGUUGAAAGGUCAUGGGAAAUAAUUAAACCAAGCAUUCCUGAGGAUCUACAGAAUAUCAAGACUCUCAGGAUAUCAGUUUUCGGAUAUCCUUCAUUUACGGAUUUUGACUCACCAACGACUCUAACAACUUAUAUCAAGGGGAUUAAGGCAGAGUGUACUGACAACUCUAAAAUUAAAAAUAAUGGUAAGAAAUCAUAUACUCUCAAGAGGAAGUCUGAUUCAAUCCAGAAGAAGAAGAAGAAGACAAAUAGUAAGAAGCAGAAAAAUCUGGAGAAAGGAGAUUCUGCUGACAUCAAUGUCUCUGCUUCUCAAGCUAGUAAGUCUUUUGAAGUUAGUUAUGUUACUUCACCUAUUCCUAUGUCGCCUUUACAAACUUCUACCACAAUUACAGCUUCAUCCAUUCCACCUUCAUCUAUGGAUAUUUCCACUUCCACUGAAAAAUCCAAAUUAAUUACUCCAGCACCACAACAAACAAGAAUCAAUCCAGAAAUCACCAUUACCACCUCCUUUACAAACUUCUCUUUCACCAUUUUUCCACCAAAAAUCAGACUUUACAAAAACUCCACUGACAAUCAUCACAUCUCUACCAACCUCUGA